CGGGGGCCUUUUUAUUUGUUCUUCAUAUGGCAGAGGUGAAUCGACAAACGGGGCAAGCUGCUAUUUCUCUUGUCCCACAGUUCCUCGGAUCUGUACCUCAAUAAUAAGAACAUCCUCCCAGGAGUCCUCGAUACAAGAAAAAGAAAAAAAGAAUGGCCUUCACCGGAACUUUGGACAAGUGCAAGGCUUGUGACAAGACGGUCUACGUGGUGGAUCUGAUGACUCUUGAAGGAGACCCUUAUCACAAAACCUGCUUCAAAUGCAGCCAUUGCAAGGGAAACCUUCAGAUGAGCACUUAUUCCUGGAUGGAUGGAGUGCUGUACUGCAAGACUCAUUUUGAGCAACUGUUCAAGGAAUCUGGCAAUUUCAGCAAGAAUUUUCAAUCAGGGAAACCUGAGAGAGGUGAAUAUAAUAGGACUCCCAACAAACUGUCAUCCAUGUUUUCUGGAACACAAGACAAGUGCGCAGCUUGUGAGAAAACGGUGUACCCUUUGGAAAAGGUUACCAUGGAAGGUGAAUGUUACCACAAGACAUGUUUUAGGUGCGCCCAUGGAGGCUGUCCUCUGACACACUCUUCUUAUGCCGCCCUCAAUGGUAUCCUGUACUGCAAGCAUCAUUUCGCUCAGCUUUUCAUGGUGAAAGGAAACUACAACCAUGUGCUUCAAGCAGCUACACACGGGAGGAACAGCUCAUCCGCCUCCGACCUUACUGAAGCUCAAGCCAUACCAGACGAAACUGCUGCUUCCAAUGAAGACCAAUCCAAAGAGGAGUCUGAGGAUUAAACACGCCACCGGUUCUAUAUAAAUUCCCCCACCAUGGUUUUUAAAAGCUUCCGCAAUGAACUUUUUUGAUUGGGUGGCAGACCAUCUCAUCAAAGAUUUGAAAUGUUCUUUUU